GAAAAAAAUAUCAUUGGAAUUAUGUUUCCGCAGUCAACACUCAUUUUCUUCAUUCUAUCGAUGGUUGCGAUCCACCACCUUCCUCUCGCAAGUGCCAGAGGUCAGUGGUGUGUGGUAUCUCCAUCAGCCACAGAUGCACAAAUGCAAGCUAAUAUUGAUUGGCUGUGCAGCCGUGGACAUGUUGACUGUAUACCAAUCAAACCGGGUGGUCCCUGCUUUGAGCCAGAUAAUCUUAGAAGCCAUGUAUCGUUUGUGAUGAAUCAGUAUUACCAAUUUAACGGACGUGCCGAUAAAGCAUGUUAUUUCGAUAAUACCGGUAUAUUCGUUUUUAAAGAUCCAAGCUAUGGUGAUUGUGAGUAUGAUUAUUAA